GACGCGGCCAUGUAGCUGUAGUUCCUCACAGGAUGCAGGGGGUUUAAACUGUUUUCUCUCCUAUAGGAGUAAAACACUGAGUUUCUCCUCUUCACGCAGAGCAGCAGGUUACAGAGAUGAUUAAUGAAUCUUCCUGAUCCUGAUAUUUCCAACACUACAAAGCUGAAGUUCUCUCCAUCUCAACACUCAGAGUUUUUACUUUAAUGCCUUGUUUUUUUAUUUUAUUUCUCCUUCUGGAAUAUAAAAGCUGCUUAAUGCUUCGUCAGAUCUGCACAGAUGGAUCACAGGUCUCAGUCUCCCUUGUGUGAGAAUAAAGACAAACCUCCAUCUGUUACCCACAAUCCAUCUGACCAAGUGUCCAGCCAAUCAGAUCACAUGGAAACUCCAUCCACUUCCUGUGAGACGUUCAGGCCCAGAUUUAGGCCUGUUGAAGAAGCUCGAGAGAAGCUGAAGUUCAUUCUGGGUGCAUCAGAAGACAACUCGUCCGACGAUGAAGCUUCAGCUUCGGCCAAAUCCCAAAUCAGAAAAGAGAUUGACGCACGUCAGACCGCCGUACAGGAGAGACACCCUCGCACGGGCGUGACCCAAUCCACAAGCAUGAGGCCGAGCAUGUCUGGUCUUAACCUGAUGAAGAAAGGUCGAGAGCAGAGAAGGAUGGACGUACCUCGAGAUUUCACUGUGGCCUCUCCGGCCGAGUUCGUCAAGCGAUUCGGAGGAACCCGCACAAUAGAAAAGGUUCUGAUCGCCAAUAACGGCAUUGCAGCAGUGAAGUGCAUGCGCUCGAUCCGCCGCUGGUCCUACGAAAUGUUCCGCAAUGAAAGAACCAUCCGCUUCGUAGUGAUGGUCACACCUGAGGAUCUGAAAGCUAACGCAGAGUACAUUAAAAUGGCAGAUCAUUACGUGCCUGUUCCUGGUGGGACGAACAACAACAACUACGCUAAUGUGGAGAUGAUCGUGGACAUCGCAAAGAGAAUUCCAGUGCAGGCUGUGUGGGCUGGUUGGGGUCACGCUUCAGAAAACCCCAAGCUGCCGGAGCUGCUCCAUAAAGCAGGGAUUUCAUUUUUAGGGCCGUCCAGUAAAGCCAUGUGGGCUCUGGGAGAUAAAGUGGCUUCUUCUAUUGUAGCUCAGACUGCAGGAAUCCCCACUUUACCCUGGUCUGGGUCUGGUAAUGUCUUCCUCUUUAUUACUGAUUCUACA